ACUAGAUUCUUGGAUCACUUAGUAGUAUCGAUACGUCAAACCUUUGAGUCCUGAUCACGCCACCUUACUACUCACCUUUUGCUAUAAAACUUCCUCCUCCUCUCCCUACUUUGAAACACACCUCCUCCUCUUCAGUAAUCCUGCAAAAUUCAAGCACAAGGAGAGUUAUUUCUUUGGUUGGAGCAUGGAUAAGACGGUUUUCGCAAGGCAUGGCAGUGUGUUAAGGCUGCCUCCUGGGUUCAGGUUCCGCCCUACUGAUGAAGAACUUGUGGUUCAGUACCUUAAGAGGAAGAUCCACUCCUGUCCCUUGCCUGCCUUGAUCAUCCCCGAUAUCAUCAACCUCAGGAACUAUGAUCCCUGGGAUCUUCCUGGUGGUUGCAAAGAGGUGAUGUACUUCUUCACUCGCAGAGAUGCAAAAAUUUUGGGCCAUGGCCAAUUGAACCGAGGUGCUAGAUCGGGGUACUGGAAAGCUGAAGGGAAGGAGAAGCAAGUGGUGGCUUCUUGGCACAACCAGGUGGUGGGGAUGAAGAAGGUUUUGGUCUUCUACCGCGGAAGGCCGCAAACUAGAACUGAUUGGAUCAUGCAUGAGUACCGUCAUGUUCCACAAAGGAAUCACUCUACUCAUGAUUCUUCAGGUUCGAAAGGCGAUUGGGUGCUCUGUCGAAUUUUUAGAAGGAAAAGAACAGCCAAGAUGGAGAAUGAUAACGAAGAGGGUGGAAUAAGGCCAUCUUUCUCCUCUUCCAUGGACUCUAGUUGUGUCACUGAGCUCUCUGAUGGAAGUAGUGAUGGUGAGGAAGCUAUCUCAGCAAGAACAUGAAGUCAAACUCCAUGACAAAAGAGCAUGGAGAUCUACUGUAUCAUUAUCGAUCGAAAUAAAAUUAAAAUUUCUAUGUAAAAUCCUUCAUCUUUCUAGGGAAAUUAAGUUUACUAGAUAUCUUGAAAA